AACAACCUUACUACUAAUCAGUAGUAUCAGCCGUGGUAACGUAGUUUAUGUUCAGUGCUUGUCUCGUCACGUUGGUGUGAGUGGUGUCGUGGUUAACUUGUAAGUUGCUAAGCGAAAUAGUGUACAACACUGUUGCGGUAAUAAAGAAGUGUCGUAUUGUUAAAAGAAAUAUUGCGUUUGAAUUUUGUUGUAUGUAAUGGAUAUUUUGACACCACAAAAGGCUUAUGUAAGGUAAAAUUUCAACAUUUUGCUUAUUACGAAACUGUUAACGUAUUAAUGGGCGUAAUGCCCAGAAGCUUUUGGGCACUUCAGACGCAACACAGCGAAAAUAAAACUGGAUCAUGAUUGUUGGUGACUGUGUGGUAUUGUCAUGCAUCGCUGGACCUGGCUGGUUUUGAAGUUAUAUUUGAUGAGUGCAGUUGACGCAUUGUUGGAAAAGGUGGAGGUCAAGGCAUGUACAGGUACUCUUAGUAUUCUACCUUCGGUGCUAGCGGAAAGUUGCAGGCUAUAGUGAAACACACCUCAGGAAUGGUGGGUGAUGGAGCUGAGUCUACAUCUCCUGAUUCGGAUUUUGAUGACUUGCCCAUCCCUCAGAUUGAUGUGUCGCACCCAGAUGGUGUCGCAGAUUGUACCGGUGGAGUAGGGACGGCUAUCCCAUUCUCCGUGGUCCACCAGACACAGCUCAGUUUCAAGGCACAAAAGAGGUCUGUGUUCAUCCCAGGGCAGGACAUAUUGGUGAAGAUCACAGAUUAUGAGCGAAGUGUAACUACGCAUUUCCUAAACCCCAAUCUGUACACAAUAAAACUGCAACAUGGUGAAUUUUCCUGGACUAUCAGGAAGCGUUACAAGCACAUUCAGCACUUACACCAACAGCUCAAAUUGUUUCGAGCUAGUCUCAAUAUCCCGUUUCCAACCCGAGCCCACCGAGAGCGGCGAUCUAGCUUCAGAACGGACUACCAUGGCUCCAAGCGCAAAAACAAGGGAGCCUUACCACGGUUCCCGAGUAAGCCAGAAGCAUUGGUGCUUUAUGAGAACAUUGAGGAGCGUAUGAAACAGCUGGAGCAGUACCUGCAGAACCUGCUGCAGAUUGGCCUGUACCGCAACCAUCAUGAGACUGUGAGCUUCCUGGAAGUGAGUCACCUGUCAUUUGUCCGUGGACUGGGAAUGAAGAGCAAGGAGGGACUCGUGCAGAAGAGAACUGGCAGCACACAGCGUGGCAGAGUGGGCUGCAACUUCUGCGGGCUUCUGGACCACUAUAUUUGUGUCAGGUGUAGCUAUAUAUGCAGUGACCUCUGUGGCACAUGGCGACAACGCUGGCUCUUUGUGAAGGACACUUACAUGGGAUACAUCUGUCCGAAGGAUGGGCUCAUCAAGUGUGUAAUGCUGUUUGAUUCAGGGUUUGAGGUGUCCUCUAGCAUGUAUGCCACAGGGCUGAGCCACGGGCUGCAGAUUGCAACCCUCUCCAGGCAAAUUGUUAUCAAAUGCUGGACGAAACGCAACCGAAUGGAAUGGAUCACAUACUUCAAAGAGGUCGCUAACAACCAGGCUCGGGACUUCAUUCAGAACAACAGGUACAACUCGUUUGCUCCUGAACGGGUGUCAGUGGAUGCUAGCUGGUUUGUCGAUGGCAGUAGCUACAUGUCUGCUGUUGCGGAUGCUCUGGAAGAUGCAAAGGAGGAGAUCUUUAUUGCUGAUUGGUGGCUCAGCCCAGAAAUUUAUAUGAAGCGACCAUUUCAGGAUUGUGAUCACUGGCGUCUUGACAAGAUUCUAGAGCGGAAGGCGGCAGCUGGUGUGAAGGUGUUUGUGCUGCUGUACAAAGAGGUGGAGCUCGCACUUGGCAUCAACAGCUACUACAGCAAGCAGCAGCUUGUCGCUGCCCAUCAUGACAACAUCAAGGUACUGCGUCAUCCUGACCAUGCAAAGGUGGGCGUCUUCCUAUGGGCACACCAUGAAAAGAUUGUGGUGGUCGACCAGACGUACGCAUUCCUAGGUGGCUUAGACCUCUGCUAUGGCCGAUGGGAUGACCAUGAACAUAGACUUGUAGAUGUGGGCAGUGUGUCACAGACAUUGAGCGUGUUCAUGCCAGUUCGCAAGAAACACACGUCGAGCCACCCAGCCACGUCCAGUAAGCCACAUAGUUUGAUGCACCUUGCCAUAUCCUCCAACACUGUUGUGGGUGUACUCAAUACGUCACAGACCUCACUGAACAGUAAUGAAACUGAAGUCCACGAGCUGCAAUCAGGUGAAACACAGCAGCCCCCAACCAUUGAGGUGACAGUUGCAGAAAAUAUCAAGUGUAACACACCACCCACAGAGCGACGCAGUCUGAUAGGAAAAGUGCUUGAGAAGACAGAAAGUGCCAAGCAGCGCAGCAAGCAGUGGGUCCAUUGGCUUACGCCUGGUGCAGAGGAGGAGCAAGCUGCAGCCACAGCUGACGAGGGGGACAACAAUAAUACGAAGGAGCCAGCCAUGGUGCUCUUAAGCGAUGGGGCAGUGUCUAAUGGGGGUGUAAGUGACGGUGGUGGCAGCACUGCUGACAUGAGUGGCAUAGUCAGAUAUUGGCUUUUCAAGGACUACACCAACUUCAUUGUGAAGGACUUCACAGACUUGGACCGGCCAUACCAAGAUUUGGUCGAUCGUGACAUAACACCACGAAUGCCGUGGCAUGAUGUAGGGGCCAUGGUCAUGGGGACUGCAGCUCGUGAUGUGGCACGCCACUUUAUACAGCGCUGGAAUGCUGUUAAGUUGGAGAAAGCAAAGCUCAACCAUUCGUACCCAUACCUCUUGCCAAAGUCUUAUGACAGUAUCAGCCCAUGCCCACCAAUUGCUGGUAUACAUUUACAUCGCAUCAACUGCCAGAUUGUGCGUAGUGUUUCAAGCUGGAGCACUGGGUUCCUAGACACAGAGACGGUAGAAGAAAGUAUCCACGAGGCUUACAUUGAUGCAAUCACAAGAGCAAAACACUAUGUGUACAUAGAAAACCAGUUCUUCAUCAGCCUUGCCAGACGCAAUACAUCUGUGCGCAACCUUGUCUGUGAGACUCUCUUCAAGCGCAUCAUGCGUGCACACAGAGAGGGCUCAGUGUUCCGUGUGUAUGUGGUGAUGCCACUGUUGCCGGGCUUCGAGGGAGAAGUAGGCAGCCCAUCAGGCACUGCCCUGCAUGCUGUCACACACUGGAACUAUGCCUCAAUCUGCAGGGGCAGUGAAGCAAUACUCACCAUGCUCAAAGCUGCUGGGGUGGAGGACCCCAGUGAGUACAUCUCCUUCCAUGGGCUGCGCACACACUCAGUCCUCCAUGGUGAGCUGGUCACAGAGCUGAUUUAUGUGCACUCAAAGCUGCUCAUUGCUGAUGACAACCUGGUGAUCUGUGGCUCAGCGAACAUCAAUGAUCGCAGCAUGCUGGGAAAGAGGGACUCUGAAAUAGCUGUUGUCAUUGAGGAUGUGGAGUUUGAGCCAGGUGUUAUGGGUGGGGCCCCUUACCAGUCUGGCAAGUAUGCUGGGUCGCUGCGGAAACACCUGUUUCGGGAGCACUUGGGGCAGCUGCAGGACCACAGCGCAGACGUGAGUGACCCGGUGAGCGAGCACUUCUACCGGGGCGUGUGGCAAUGCACUGCCACCCGGAACACACAGAUAUAUGAGGAGGUGUUCCGGUGCAUCCCGUCAGACAGUGUUGCUGACUUCCAGUCCUUGAGGCGCUACCAGGAGGAGCCGCUGCUGUGUUAUAGCGAUCCACUGUUGGCUAGAAAGAAACUGGAGGAUGUUAAGGGCAACUUGGUGAAUCUGCCAUUGCAGUUCCUUAGCAGUGAGGUUCUUACACCAAACUCUGCAUCCGUAGAGGGUAUAAUGCCAACAGCCUUGUGGACAUGAACAAGUUAUAGUAUCUCCGUGGUUGCUUCUGUAAUUGCAUGUGAAGUGAUGGCCAUGGUUUCUGGACUGCUGGCAGUCACUCCAAAAGGUGCUUGGAUAGUACCUGGAAAUGAAUCGAGAACACAUCCUUUACCAUGUCAGUUUUACAGUAAGCAGCCUGUGUGUUUGGUAGAACAAUAUCUAAUGACAACUGCAAUCAGAGACUGAAUUCACAAGAUGCCGUGCCUUGGCAGUUAGGACACACAGGCAGGAUCCUCUGGAUAGAUCAUAGUUGUUGUUGCUUGCAGUUAUUAUUUUUGUAUCCAUCCUGCCCUCUGCCUCUGUGUAAUAGCAAAGGCAGACAGAUUGAGAGGGAUCAGUGACAAAUGUAUUUGUAUCCUCAGUUUAAACAUAUCAACCCAUCUGCAUCCUUCCACACUUCAGGUAGAAGUGAUCAUAUUUGUCCCCAAUGCUCACCAUCUACAAAACAGAGAGAAGUGCUUUCAUUGACUUCUGGUGUUGCUUGCACCGUCUUCCAUUUUCUAAACAGUAUACGGUGGAACUCCUCAUUUAAGAUCUCUUUGAGGAACUGUGAAUUUCAACACUAGACUGAGGAAAGUCUUAAAUGUAGGAAAUUUGAUACUGGGAUUAUUUGACUUGGGGUCAUUGAAAUUGGAUAUAAGAUGAAGGAAAAACAUUAAAUUGAGAUACAUUAAGUGAGGGUUCCACUAUAUAUCAUAAAUGCACUCACAGGUGGCACUAGAGUCACCUGAAGCAAUCCUUUGUGUUUUCUGUGAAAGUACACUUGUGCAGUGAUCAUAGCUUGAAGCAUGAGCACAUAGAGGUAUGUUUAUGGAUGUGAAUGGGUUAAAAUACAGGGUAGCCAUAGUUUAGUCACUACAUUGCAAACAAAUAUGAAAUACAAGAGGUGCCCAGACAUGGUUUACUGUGUUUGGAAGGAACCACUCAGGCAUUUUAAUGGAAGUUUAUAGUGCAUGCAUAAUGAAGAAUGGUAUGAUCACCACAUGACACGAAAGAGCACUCCAUACAUUUAACUUGGGGUUAUUUUGUUCAUACUCAACAAACCACAAGUGGAUUUGCAGAACCCCAAAUUCUGGAGCUGUAUUUGUUUACCAUACCAGACAAGUGAAAGGCUGACUUAUCACUAAAAAGACAUCCAGCAAGCUGUUCUUAGCAUCAAUCCAUUGGAGCAUAUUUGAGCAGAUUGUUCCCAGUGUUGCUGAGUGUCUGUUCAAAUGCUUGUAUGCUUGCAGCUUUAAGCAAUGGUGGGGGGUUUCUUGUAUGGUUGCCCAGGAAAAUUGGAAGGUCAGUGGUAACAUGAUGAGUGGAUUUCUGAAGGCAGUACUGGAAAGCCUCAGGAACUGUGUUGAUCAUGUCAUUAUGAAUGGAAGGCCUAUCUUGGUUGUUCUUAUACAGGACAUUGCUUGUCUCCCUGAACUGUUCUGGCAAGUGCUCAGCGAGCUCCUGUCUUAGUGCCUCUUUCACAUUCCAAAUGAUACUGUCUUCACACUUUUGUCCUGUGUAAAUAUGUUUGAAUAUCCCACUGGUAUGCUAGAAAUAAUAUUUAAUAAUUUUUAAUGAUGAUUUAACAGUGUACAUCACUAAUGAUCACUGAUCACUGAUGAUGAUGCAACCUUCUCUUAGUAACAUUUCAUACCAUAUUUUUCAUGUCUCCUAUAAAAGUAUCUGUAUGAACUAUACAGUGCUACUAUGUACAAGUUGAUUUUGAUAUGUGGCUAGUGGAGUUAUGUUAUAUUUUUUGGCCAAAGGGCAAAAAAUCGUUUUCUAAUAUCGAAUAUAGUAGUAAGAUUGACUGUCGAUAAUAUUUUGGGUAUUCUGGCCGCUGGGAGUAUAACUCAGGUUCCAAAUUAUGAUGGGGGCCUGAUAGUCACCUACACAGAAUGAAAUCACAUGCUCACAUAUAGCACAACAUGCAGACAGUCCUGAACUCAAGAUCUUUGACACAGAAGGCCACUGUGUAUUGACAGUUUUUUUUUUUUAAUCUGAGCUGCUACUAUGAAAUCAGUGUCAUUCAACUCUGUCCUGAGGCAAGUGAAUGUAGUAUGCAAAUCGUUUUUCUAUGUAUAUUAUUAAUAUUAUGCUUCACCCUACACCUUUCUUUCCCUUGAAGCUCCUAGUCCAGAUUUUGCAUGCAUUUCUACUUUCCCAUUGUGUGUGUUGAACUGCCCACCUUGCCUUUCUUCUUGUUGGCCGCCUUUCCAAUUUACACUGGUCGAUGGAAAAAGGUCUCAGAAUGUCUCUCACAACUUUUCUUUCUUGAUUUCUUGCUAGCCCUUCCUCUGUCCUUGAUGUUUUUCAGUACCUGGCAAAACAAGUUUGUUCCAUGCCAUACCUUACAUCUCUUUCACUUAAAUUUUAAUUCUGAUUCCCUUCUUCAUCUCCUGAUUAUUCUGUCUUUUUGCAUGGCCAAACAAUUAUGACCAUUUCCCUUCAAAUUCUAUUAACAAAUUUUGAGUUGCACCUUCUUCUUUAAUAAUUUCAUUUUUAAAUCUGUUACUUCUUGCCUCCCCUCAUUACUUGAUGUAGUCAUCAUGAAAAUAGUAGUUAGAAAGCACAUCCUCUGUGACUUCAUCAUGCUGUACACUAUUUAAAGGGUGAAGUAGGUGCUGUGACCCACAUGUUGUAAACCCUUGAAAUUGUCUUUGAAUGGCAACAAGUCCCUACUCAUGCAGCAUUGUCUAAUUUUAUAUCUACUUUGGUUCUAUUAAUAUCCAAAAUACAUUCUUUGGUUAAAGAAAUAUUUUUUAUUUACAUAAAUAAAGUGCAGGAUUGUUUAGAGCUUUAGAAGUGAAACUGUAAUAAGCUUCAAACCAUUUCAGGGGUUAUUCCUUUUAUUUUUAUUUUUAUUCAUGUAGUAGCUUGUUUUACACUAAGAACUAAACCUGUUUCCAGUGUGACUUAGUGUGAACCCUAUAUUGUUUUCUAUUCUUAUAUGUCUAACCUCUCAAGUACGGUUGUGCUUUGGUCUGGACUCUCCUCAUUUCCUCAUUGCCGAUGGUGGUGGGUGUAAGUUCGCAGAACUUUUACGUCCUUAUCUUGAUUACACUGAUGAAGACUCCAAGUAUGUAAACAUCACUUGGGCCCCUGCUGGUCAGAAUCAUGUUCACUUUCAGGGGAAGCAUGUUCCAUUCUUCUAGCAAUCCUUUGCUAAGGUUCUUCCUUUCAUUUGUGAAUCUUUGACAUUGCCAGAAGACAUGGCCUAGGGUUUCUUCAGAUGUUUAGCAUGUGCAGAUCCUAUUUGGCACAAUAUUACUAUGUGCCAAGGUUGUGUGACCAAUUCAGAGGUGGCAGAUUGAGGUCACCACUCUUCUAUUUAGUUUGCAUUUGGCAAGCCAGGGGUUGGGGCCAUUAUCAAGGAACAGCAUAAAGUAUUGCUGUCCCCUGACCCAUCCAACUUCCUGGUUCCACAGCUGGGAUUCCUGUUUGGAUUCUUUCCUCCAUGUGCUUUUCAUGUCCUCAGCUGGAAUAGGGAUUUGGCUAUUUCCUCCGUGCCUGACACUGUACUUGGCUAGCUCAUCAGUUUUCUUGGUAAUCCCUGUGUGAGCUGGGAUCCAAUGUAUCCUAACAUGUUUCCCAGCUGCAUUUGUCUCCUUAUGCUGUUCCUUAAUACAGGAAAUGAGUGGAGAUCAUUUUCCAAAGUUUUUGACUAUCAGAUUGCAAUCGUCACACACUUGGUGACUGAGAAUAUACAAAAGUUACAACCUUGUAUUUAGUUGAUAAGGGUGAGAGACCCAGAGAUGACCAUGGUCUCCACGAUUGAUAUGGAGGCAAUUUGUGAUGUCCUUUAGCCCCAGCCUUUGCCCUCAUUGUAGUCAAAGACUGAUUUCCUCUUGUUUUUUCCCCCCCCUUUACAGCUUUGUCUUCUACUUUCUUGUAAUUAAUAAAGUUCGCUGUUUUGCUCCUAUACUGGAACUGCCAGAAGGCUGCUUUAUGCAUUCUUAUGAGCUUAUCACAUUAAGUGAUGCAGGAGUAGCUUCCUUGGUGGUGUUGGAUCCAUCUGCCUCUGCUUCCUGCUAUUGACUCUAAGAUGGGGGAGUAGCUCCUUUGACUGUAUCUGUUAUUAGAGCUGUUAUGGAAGAGAAUUUGAUGCAGGAGUGCAGGUUCCCAUUAUGAAGGUCUUAGGCUGCCUUGAUCCUAGACUCCACCUCCUCUGAGAAUUUAUCCCAGUUAAUUUUUUAGGUCAAAGGAAGAGCAGAGAAGAGUCAAAGACUGCCAUGUGUUUGUUACAGUAUGAAAUACUGGCACAAUGUAGGCAUGUUAAAUGUGUCUCAGAGAU